AUGACUUUAAUUCCGCCUAAUUCCUAUAAAGUGAUUGUUUUUCAAUGUGAAAUGAAUCUAUCGUAUGCUGAGAUUCGAAAAAAAAUGGCCAUUCGAAAUGAUGAAGUUACAUUUCAAGGAUUAGAGAUUUUAUCAUUGAAUAAACGAUCAGAAUAUGAAUUGAAAAUUCCAAUAGAAAUCAAUUUUGCUACAGCAAAUAUCACACUAGAAAAUAAUGGUGAACUUUAUUUUAUACCAACUCAUGUUGGUUCAUUUACACAAAAAGAAUUCAAUAUUAGAAAUAGUUCACCUUAUCAAGUAGAAUUUUGUUGGGAGAUUAACUCAGACGAUAAAACGGAAUUGGAAGUUUAUCCAAUGAAAGGAAUUCUAUUACCAUAUGAAAUACAAUCACAAUUGUGGACAUUUCAUCCAACACAAAUUAUGAAUCGUAUGUUUAAACCACGUCUUAUGUAUUGGCGAUGUGGUAAACAAUUUCAAAAUGGUUCUACGCAUGACAAUUUCAGUCAAUAUUCACAUGAAAUCAAACAAAUCGAAUUACGUGUAGUCACAAUGUCUGGCAGCGUUCAAUUAUCCAUUGAUCCGGAGACAAUCACUUGUCAACCAUUACUGGUUAACACAUCAGCCAGUUAUAAGAUUCAUUUUCAUAAUCGCAGUAUAAUAUCAACUCAUUUCUGUACAAUAAUUAAACCAAUAUUCAAUGAAAAUAAUCAAAAUUUAAAAUUGGAUGAAUUUAUUACGGUAGACUGUAAUGAGAAUUCAAUUAGUGGGCAUUCGACUAAAUCGAUUACAAUUUCUGUUUGUCCAAAAUUAAAAGGAAGCUUUUGUUUUCAUUUAUUCUAUCGUUUAUAUACUACUGCUGAAAUGAAUAGUAGUCAAAAAAAUUCGGACAAAAUUGCUGAUGGAAUUCAUAGGAAAUCAGAUGAGACACAUAGAAAAUAUUUAACUGAUGAAAUAUUAGCGACAACAAUAUUUAUUGAAUCAGUUUAUCCUACUCUACAAAUUACUGAUAUUUAUGGUUCAGGCAGUUUGAAUACAAUUAGUCCAGUGGAAUUAUGGCGUAGUUUAGAUAUAGAUAGUUUAAAUGUCAGUUUAGAAGCUGAUCCAACAGAGUAUGAAUUAAAAGAUACAAUCACUAGUCGUCCACUUUAUCGUGAUCAUCCUAAAUCAUUUGACUGUCGUGGACCAGAAUUCGAUUUAUUCAUUGGUACAUCAGUUCUAGCCAAAGAUGUUGAUAUCAAUCAUUAUUCAAAGGCAUUAUUAUGCUUUCUAGUGGAGAAUUCCAGUUUGAUAGAUAUUGAUUUCAGUUUUAUGUUUCCGGAAGAUUUACGUAUUGAGCUGCCUAAAUGGGCAGAAAGUGGACAUUAUGAAGAAGUGGAACUUCAACAGUUACAUAUUGAAAAUCAUUCUUUAAUUGAUAUUCAACCAAGACGUUGUUUAUUGAAAUCGGGCGAAUCUACUGAAAUCAUGCUAACAUAUUAUCAUAAUUUCUCUGGUUGUCAUCAAUUGCCCAUACUUUGGAAAAUUAAUGGUGGACGAGAAAUUAAAUUAAAUAUCAUUGGAAUUACAUUACCAUUAAAUCAACCCUACUUGCAAUUAACUACAACCAAUCGUAAAUUUAUAUUUCAUCCAACUCCAAUCGGUUUGGGGGAUUUUCGUUUAGGUUAUUUAUAUCAAAUGAAAUUCCGUAAUCCUAGUUCAUGUAACAUACAUUUUCGUAUUAGUCCGCUCAAAUGGUUCACAACAAAUCAGUUAAGUAAAACAAAAUUAAAACAUGUCGACAAAGAUAAAGAAGAAAUUGCUACUGAUGAAGAAAAUUCAUUGAGUUGUUAUAAUUUACCAAUAUUAUAUUGUGUACAACAAGAAGGUUUGAUUAAAUCAAAUGAAUUGUAUGCAUUAGAAUGGAGAUUUCGUCCGAUUGAAACAAAAACUUAUAAUGCUUACUGUUACAUUCAUAUUAUGGAUGCUGAACAAUCGUCAACUAAUAAUCAACCAGCUUAUACUGAUACAAUCUUAUUAGAAUUAAUAGCUAUUGGUUACGAUCCAAAACAAUUGGGACCAAAAGAAAUCAUAGCCAAUCCACAACGUGUUCGAAUCCCGACUGUUAUGGAGAAUCCUAUCAUCUCGUUAGAUCGAAAUUCCCAGUCAAUUAUUGAUCAAUCCAACGAAAAUGACAUGAAUGAGGAAAAGUUUCCUCCACUUAUACGUCGUAUAAAAACUCCCAUUGAUUCAUGGAUUAGUUUGUCACAUCAUCUGAUCGAAUUACAUCGUAUUAUUCUUGGUACAUGUUGUAGACGUUUAAUUCAUAUGACCAAUCGAUUUAGCUGUGAUGUCAUUAAUCGAUUACCUGUGAAUAAUCGUUCAAUUUAUCGAUUUCGAUGGUUUACUGAAUUUCCAAAUGAUAUGGAGAAUGUCAGUAUUAGUCCAAGAGUGGGAAGAAUUAAACCUGGCCAAACAAUUCAAGUACUUAUCACUUUCACAGCCAGUGGAUUACCACGUUUUACUGAGAUAAAUUUAAUUUGUGAGUUAAUCGAUGAACAUGAAGAGAAUAAAUAUUGUGAAGAAUUCAAAGCUUGGCAAUCGGAAAUCGAUCGAUUGAAAGUGGAAUUUACAAUCACCGAGAGUGAUUUAAACAAACAGAAAACAAAACCAGAGAGCAUAUCAUUAGAAUCCAGUGAAAUUGAUAUGGAGAAAUUUUGUCAAAAAUGGCCAAAACCAAUUCAACCUAAACCAGUCUAUGUUUAUUUGACAAUCAAUGCAGAAAUAAUCAAUGAAGAAGCGGCGAAAAUUUAUGGUGUAAAUAAGGAUGGGAAGACUUCAUUUAUUGAUUAUACACAAUUUUUAAAUUCAAAUCAUUCAACCGCGAAAAUAAUCAGUUUAAACAAAAUACAAGAUCAUAUUUGGAAUUUAUAUCAACCAUUAUUCAAUGAUUUAUUAAUCAGUUUAAUUAAUAAUUUAAUAUUCAGUAGUGAAUUUGUACAAAUUAUACAAAAAGUUGUUAGUCCAUGUGAAAAAAACACAAUUCCUACUUCACAAUUGAACAAUAUUGAACAACGCAUCGGUGGUACUCAUCAUGACGGUGCCGCUGAUAAUGAUGAGGAUGAUGAUGGUGACGAUGAUCCGGUACCAUUAUGGAUCCAAAUAAAAUCUGAUCAUUUGCAUAAAUUUAAUGACCUCGUAUUCACAACUAAUCAAUCAGAUGAUAUGAAUCAACCGCCAAUCAAUGAAUUGAAUAACUUGAUACCGGAAAUAGUCAAAGAUAGAAUUCAUAAACAAGGUAUGAAAAGUAUGUAUGAAGAAACUGUGGAUAGUAUGUGUAUACAAAAUCCAGUUAUUAUAUCACUAAUUGAAGAUGCUUUAGCCGGUAUGUUAAAUAACAUUUUAGAUGAAGUCAACAAUAAAGAAUUUGAAAUCACUACAAGACCAAGAAUUAUUGCGCUACCACCGACAAAAUGACUCAUACUUACUUGCACUACACAGAAUAAAAUUGAACAGAAAUAAAUCAGC